AGAGAGAGAUGAGGAGGAGCACUACUCCAAGUUGCUCCAGGGAAGGAGAAGGACUGAACAAAGGAGCGUGGACAGCUCAAGAGGACAAGUUGCUCACUUGUUACAUUAUGGUCCACGGCGAAGGCAAAUGGACCCACGUCCCUAUAAGAGCUGGCUUAAAUAGGAGUGGCAAAAGCUGUAGGCUUCGAUGGCUGAACUAUCUCAGGCCUGAUAUUAAGAGAGGUAACAUCACCCAAGAUGAAGAGGACCUCAUCAUUAGACUUCAUAAACUUCUUGGUAACAGAUGGUCUCUUAUAGCUGGAAGGCUACCUGGAAGAACAGACAAUGAAAUCAAGAACUACUGGAACACCACUUUAGCUAAGAAGCUAAGAACACAGUCAGGCCCAACGUCUGAACAACAUCCAUCCAGCAAAUCAGGCGAGUCUGAUGAAAUCAACAGACCACUAGUAAUCCAAAAGAAGGCCGGAAGAUGCAAAAACGUGGUUAUCCAACAUCCUCCUUAUUCUGAGGAAACGUCAACCAUUAACUCUCAAGCUUCCAACCAGUUGGUCUUUGAGGAAGCUCACCUCACUCGCCAGUUCACAGACCAGUUUCCGCAGGCUGUUGGUGAAUGUCAGAAUUCAGAUGUCAACUUGUCGGGUCCUGAACGGAAUGAUGAGUUUCAAGAUGAACUGAAUGCAGUAGAUUUUUUCAGGGAGUUUGGCCUUGACAAUAGCAUGCCCGUGGCCAUGGAUGCUCAAGCAGACGAGUUCUCGCUUAUCGACGAACUUGUCGAUUGCCGGAUAACUGAUGGGUUCAGGAACGUUGUCAGUGCGGAUCUAGAUUUGACAACAUUCAUGAUGGAUUCUGGGGAUUGGCCCUGGAUUCGUUUUUAGCUUUUGUAUACCAUUAAUUCGUCUUGUCUUUCAAAGCAGUUAAGUGUUCA